AUGGGGGAAUGUGUUGGGUUCGGCCAAGCCGGACCCACCGAAGAGUGGCAGGAAGUUCGCAGGAGAAAUCAACACCCCGACUGUAGAUUGUUCAUCGGCAACCUCCCCUUCUCAGCUUCAUCUGAGGACAUUAAAGCCAGGUUUGGCCAGUUUGGAGCCCUGGCUGAUGUGUUCAUUACAACAUUCUCGAUCUCCGGCAGAAGCAAGGGUUUUUCCUUCGUCACAUUCAAGCUAUGGGAUGAAGCAAAAGCAGCAAUGGAGCUACAAAACGGGCGUUUCCUGGGACGCUGUCGGAUGACGGUCAGCAUAGCAAACCAGCGCCCCUCAAACAGAUCCAGGUUAGGCAAUGGAGGUAGCAAAAACCUCAAGCAGAAUGCUUAG